AGUGAAAUUUUUUGAAAAUUAAAAAAACUAUUAUAAAAUGAUUCAAAAAAUUAGUGUUGUCGUUAUUUUUUUAUUGAUUAUCAAUAAUGUCAAUGGAAAUGGUCGAAUUGAACAACAAAAUAUUGGUAUUCCAGAUUCGCCAUCUUCAGACGCCGAACAAUCAUCAUCAUCAUCCCAAUAUAUAACACAACAAAACAUUGGAAUACCUGAUAGUGGUAGUAAUCAACAACAAUCAUUACCAUCAUCGUCAUCAUCAUCAUCAUUAGGAAGUGGUUUUGUGCCACAACAAAAUAUUGGAAUUCCCGAUAUUCCUGCCAUGAAUGCUGGUGGUGGGUCCUUUUCUUCUUCGUAUGGAUCAUCAUCACAACAAAGACCAAGCGGUUAUUUUCCCCAAUUAAACAUUAUGCCAGCAAGUAGAACUGGAUCAUCAUCUGUAAUGGUAAUGACUGGUGGUGGUCCAUCAGUGCCAUUAGCUGUAAAUAGUCAUCAUACAAUUCAAUAUGUUGAUAUGCCAUCAACAAUGACCAGAAAUUAUCAACAAUCUUCCGGUGCAAGAAUGAAUACGAAUCAACUAAGACCUGGUUAUAGUAAUGAUGGAAGUAAUUAUAUUACACAACAGAAUAUUGGUAUUCCUGGCCCUAGUAAUUAUGGUGGUGGAGGAAGCAGUAAUCGUCAAGUUAUAACAUUACCUGUUCAUAGUCGUCAUACAAUUGAAUAUGUUGAUGUACCAUCAACUGGUAACAUACAACCGAUUAAUAUUGAAGUGCCUGCUACACGUUUAGGUGCAAAUUUCAAUUUUCGAUCAAGUUCCAGUUUGAAAGUGUCGCAAUCACAUCAAAGUUCACCAGGUAGUUAUCAGCAAACAUCAUCAAUGGAUGAACCAAUUCGUUUAUCGCAUACAGUUCAUCGGCCAAUCAUACAAGAAUUGAGAGAAACAAUACAACCAUAUCGUAAAGUUGUACAAGAAAUUCAACCAGUACAACAAGAAAUUCAUCAAAUAAUUGCUGUUGCAAGAAAACCUAGCGGUACCGGUAGCAUGACUGGAAGUAGUAAAUCAAAUUCUGGAAGUUAUUAUCGACCAGGAUCAGGAUCUAUGAUGAUUCCACAAAUGAUGAUGAUCAAUUCUGGAAUGUAUGGUGGUGAUGGACCAUCAAUGGUCAAUCCUAUUAUGAUGUAUAGCAGCAGUAGUGGUAGCAGUGGAUAUGGUACAAUGAUGGCUCCAAAUAAUCAGUUUAUUGUUGUCGCAUCAUUGGUCGCCUGUGCCACUGCUGGUGGUUAUGGUGGUGGUAGUUCAGGUGGAUCAAAAGGUGGUUCCGGUGGAGGUUAUGGUGGCGGUAUGGGUGGUGGUCUUGGCUUAGGUGGCGGUAUGGGCUUCGGUGGUGGCUUUGGUGGUGGUUUGGGUGGUGGCGGCGGCGGCGGAGGUGGUCAAACUGUCCAAGCUGCCGUUGUAUCCAAUCAUCGUGUUGAAUUCCGUGAUGUGCCAUCAACCGGAGGUGCUGCUCCAACUACCAUCGAAGUUGGCGCCAUGUCUGUUCCAGUCAAUUUGUUAUUCAAAUCAGCCAGUUCAAGUCUUAAUAUUCAACAAGCUCAUGAAGGUGCCGGUGGUUCAGUACAAGAAUCCCAAUCAGAAGAUGAACCACACAUUCUUAAACAUUCAGUUACCAAACCAAUCAUCCAAGAAGUUCAUGAAGUCAUUACACCACAACGAAAAAUCACACAAGAAAUUCAACCAGUCCAAGAAGAAAUUCUUACCAUCGUAUCGAAAGGUAGUGGGGGAGCUGGCGCUGGUGGUUUUGGUGGCGCUUCCGGUGGUGGCUUCGGAGGUUUUGGCGGUGGUCUUGGCGCUAGCCUUGGUGGCGGAAGCAAAGGUGGAUAUGGUGGCAGCAGUGGUGGUGGCGGUUCAAGCUAUGGUGGUGGUGCUAAAUCAAUGGGCGCUAAAUCUGGUGGUUCCAAAGGCGGUUAUUAAUAAUCUCCAAAAAAAAACUGACCAAUUUUAGUUGUUGAAAGUCAAAUUUAAAAAUUUUUUUUCCCCAUAAUCCAUUCUCCCCAUAAAAAAA